AGGCUAUUAAGUAUUUACCAGCAACUCAUGACAUCAAUGAUCAGAUUUUAUUAAAGAAAAUCAACAUUCUGUUGCAAGACAAUAAAGAAAUUGUCACAUUCACAACAGAUGAAAUACAAUUGGUUGUGAAGAAAUUAAAAGAAGCUUGUGUUUAUCAGAGAAAAGAAAAGUUUAAAUAUUUACUGCUGGACCUGACAUUAUUCUGUGUAAAUGACAACAAUAUUAGUCUGAUUUGCUCAUACAUAAGUCUAAAAUGUUUACAUUAUGCACAAACAACACUAAAAGACGAAUUGCCUAAGCUGAUUAGCAAACUGAUGUCAAACAUAGAGUUCAUGCACAAAAUAGCAGGGGAUGAAAGGCUUAUGGGUGGAAAUGGAUUUGAUAAAUCAUUAAAAAAAGAAAUUAAAAAGAAAAGCAGAGAAUGUUUUAAACAUGGAAAAACAAACGAAGAAAAGAUGAGUAAAUGUCAGCCAUCAAGUUCUGGUGAUUGUAGCCGUAAAGUCGAUUUGAUAAGCAAAGAUUUAAUAAAAGUUGACAAAACAAAACGAAGAAAAGUCACCAAAGAGCAGGCGGCUCAAAGUGGGUCAUCAAGUGCCAGUGAAAGCAGCACAAACUCAAGGCGUACUGUAAACUGGUCUAUAGAAGAAAAAUCUGACCUUCUUGUGAUGAUCAAUGAACAAAGAGACAUCAUAGAAUCAAAGAAAAAAGACAAAGCAACUAGAGCUCAUAGACAAGAAGCCUGGAAAAAUAUCGAAUCACAAUUUAAAAUUCAGCAUCCAAAGUUUACCAACCUCAAAACAAAAGGUAUUAUAGAACAAUACCAAAGACUAAAAAGUCAGGUUAAAAAACUGCUGACACAACAAGACGUGUCUACAGUCAGUGGUGAGACCAGCAUUGACAAGUCAAUAGUGAAACUCAUGUGUGAAAUAUGUCAGGAGGAGUUUAAAGAUGUCAUCCGUAUGUAUCAAGAUAAUGAAGAAAUGUCAUCAGUAGAGCAAGAUAAUGGAGAUGAUGAUACUGAAGAUAACGCAAACAAUGAAGUUGAUUUCAUAGUUGUCACCAAAAAUCAGGAAGAUGCUAAAGUAAAAGCAUUGGAAAUGGCAGGUAGUUACAAAUACUAUUACAAAAUGUUCUGUGUACAUUAG